AUGGACAACUCACAGGCAGCGGAACAAGUCAAGAGUAUUAGUGUCCAAGCGGUUCUUGAGACAUUUCGCACGACCAGAGGAUUCCCGUGGUGGGCUACACUGAUCCUCUCUGACGUGGCGGUGCGCGCUGCUAUCUUUCCUUUCUACGUUCUUGUUCUUGGUGAGUUAGAUGUUAACGAAGGGAACUUCCGGCUGUAUAAAGCUGCACUUGGCGUACAGUACCGCGGGCACAUCUACGACCACAAGAGACAUCUCAACGUCAUGCUGCUUGGGCGACAAAGUGUCCGCGCGGUGAUAAAAAAGUACAAUACGCGUCCCAUUCAAACUGUCAUUGGCGCAUUUGCAUACAUCCCUAUCUUCAUUGUAUGGCGUACAGUGCUCGUGAUAUGCACAUACAUGCUGCCUGCUCUGGAGGCGUUAUCUACUUUCAGUAGUCUGGAAGUCUCUGCGCGGACAAAAAGUGGUUUCUGGACAGAGCUGCUGCGAGCAGGGCAAUACGGCACAAUUCUUGCUGUCCCGUUCCUGGCUAAUUUGCCGAGAGGGGUUCUCUUUAACUGGCUGGGUUCCUCGUGGUUGUCUAUGGCGCAGAGCAUUGUCAUGAAGAACAACAACGUUCGCAGGCGCAUGGACUCAAACCCCGAAUCAUGA